UUCAUCUGUGGAGUACUGCACUAGGAAAACCUGCACAGAACCCAGCCAGGAAGAGGAAUUAUCCACAUAUCAGCUUUCAGAUUUUGAAGUCAAGAUGUCCAAGAAAUCUGACAAUGACGAUGGCAGCAAGUUCCUGUUCCUUGACAACGACUUCAAAAACACCGGAGUGGCCCAAGCUGACUGGACAGCCAAAAAGAUGGUGUGGAUCCCCUCGGACAAAGAUGGAUUCCAGUCAGCCAGCAUUAAAGAGGAGAAAGGGGACGAGGUGCUGGUGGAGCUGGACAACGGCUCUAAGAUAACAAUAAACAAAGACGACAUCCAGAAGAUGAACCCGCCCAAGUUCAGCAAGGCAGAGGACAUGGCAGCGCUGACCUGCCUGAAUGAGGCCUCAGUGCUCCACAACCUGAGAGAGAGAUACUUCUCUGGACUCAUAUACACGUACUCGGGUCUUUUCUGUGUGGUGGUGAACCCGUACAAAAUGCUGCCCAUCUACUCUGAGAAGAUCAUUGAGAUGUAUAAGGGCAAGAAACGUCACGAGGUUCCGCCCCACGUCUACGCCGUCACCGACAACGCCUACAGGAACAUGAUGCAGGAGCGUGAGGACCAGUCUAUUCUCUGCACAGGGGAGUCCGGCGCUGGAAAGACCGAAAACACCAAGAAGGUCAUUCAGUAUCUGGCUGUGGUGGCUUCAUCACACAAAGGAAAGAAAGACACAGGCUCGGAUCCGGGUUCAGCUCUUAAUAAGGGGGAGCUAGAGAAGCAGCUCCUGCAGGCAAACCCCAUUCUGGAGGCUUUUGGAAAUGCCAAAACCAUCAAAAAUGAUAAUUCUUCAAGAUUUGGCAAAUUCAUCAAGAUCAAUUUCGACAUGGCUGGCUACAUCGUUGGUGCUAAUAUUGAAACCUACCUGCUGGAAAAGUCCAGAUGUAUCCGACAGGCCAAAAUCGAGAGAUCCUUCCACAUCUUUUACUACAUGGUGGCUGGAGCCAAAGACAAAAUGCAAGAGGAGUUGCUUCUGGAGGAUUUUGGCAAAUACCGGUUCCUGGUGGCAGGACACGUGCAGGUGCAAGGUCAGCAGGAUGACGAGAUGUUUGAUGAGACUCUGGAGGCCAUGGACGUGCUGGGCUUCAACGAGGAGGAGCGAAUAGGGAUGCUGAAGGUUUGCUCCACUGUACUGCAGCUCGGCAACAUCGAGUUCAAGAAGGAGAAGAACCAGGAGCAGGCCAGCAUGCCCGACACCACAGCUGCACAGAAAGUGUGCCACCUGCAGGGCAUUAAUGUGACGGACUUCACCAAGGCCAUCCUCACUCCUCGCAUCAAAGUGGGCAGAGAGAUGGUGCAGAAAGCUCAGACCAAAGAGCAGGCUGAUUUUGCGGUGGAGGCUCUUGCGAAGGCCAUGUACGACCGGCUGUUCCGUUGGAUUCUGGGACGUGUCAACAAAGCUCUAGACAAGUCGAAGCGCCAAGGAGCUUCAUUCAUCGGCAUCUUAGAUAUAGCUGGCUUCGAAAUCUUUGAGGACAACUCGUUUGAGCAGCUGUGCAUCAACUACACCAACGAGAAGCUGCAGCAGCUCUUCAACCACACCAUGUUCAUCCUGGAGCAGGAGGAGUAUAAGAGAGAAGGAAUCGAGUGGAACUUCAUUGACUUCGGCCUCGACCUGCAGCCCUGCAUCGAGCUCAUCGAGAGGCCCAACAACCCUCCUGGUAUUCUGGCCCUGCUGGAUGAGGAAUGUUGGUUCCCCAAAGCCACCGAUGUCUCCUUUGUGGAGAAGCUCACAAAUACACACUCCAGCCACUGCAAGUUCUCCAAGCCGAAGAACCUCAAGGACAAGACGUUUUUCUCCAUACAGCACUACGCUGGAAAGGUGGAUUAUAACGCUCAUGCCUGGCUGACCAAAAACAUGGACCCUCUGAAUGACAACGUAACAGCGCUGCUGAAUAACUCCACCAGCCCAUUCGUGCAGGAUCUGUGGAAAGAUGCCGACCGUGUGGUGGGGCUGGAGACCAUGGCUAAGAUGGCUAAGUCGGACAGCUCGAUGCCCAGCGCCUCCAAGUCCAAGAAAGGCAUGUUCCGUACAGUGGGGCAGCUUUACAAAGAGUCUCUGGGCAAACUGAUGACCACUCUGCACAACACCCAGCCCAACUUUGUCCGCUGCAUCAUUCCUAACCACGAGAAGAGAGCAGGGAAGCUGGACGCCCACCUGGUUCUGGAGCAGCUGCGCUGUAACGGAGUGCUGGAGGGAAUCAGGAUCUGUCGGCAGGGUUUCCCCAAUCGCAUCGUCUUCCACGAGUUCCGCCAACGAUAUGAGAUUCUGGCUGCCAGUGCGAUUCCCAAAGGCUUUAUGGACGGCAAACAAGCCUGCACCCUAAUGAUUAAGCAUCUUGACCUGGACCCCAACCUGUACCGGAUUGGUCAGAGUAAGAUGUUUUUCCGUACGGGCGUUUUAGCUCAGUUGGAGGAGGAGCGUGAUCUAAAACUGACUGUCAUCAUCAUCGCCUUCCAGGCCCAGGGCCGUGGCUUCCUUGCCAGAAAAGCUUUCAGCAAGAGACAGCAGCAGCUCACGGCCAUGAAGGUCAUCCAGAGGAACUGCGCUGCCUACCUCAAACUGAAGAACUGGCAGUGGUGGAGGCUUUUCACUAAAGUCAAACCACUGCUGCAAGUGACCCGACAAGAAGAAGAGAUGAGCCAAAAGGAGGAAGAACUUCAGAAGGCGAAGGAAGUUGCCCAGAAAUCAGAGACCGAACUGAAGGAGAUCACCCAGAAGCACUCACAGCUGCUGGAGGAGAGGAACGCACUACAGGAGAAGCUGCAGACGGAGGCAGAGCUCUACGCCGAGGCAGAGGAGAUGAGGAUUCGGCUGGAGGCCAAAAAGCAGGAGCUGGAGGAGGUUUUGCAUGAGAUGGAGGCGCGGCUGGAGGAGGAGGAGGAGCGCAGUCAGGCCCUGCAGCAGGAGAAGAAGAACAUGCAGCAGCAGCUACAGGAAAUGGAGGCAUGUUUGGCCGAGCAGGAGGAUGGCAGGCAGAAGCUGCAGCUGGAGAAAGCUGCCACUGAUGGGAAGAUUAAAAAACUGGAGGAAGAUUUUCUCAUCAUGGAGGAUCAGAACAACAAGCUGCAUAAGGAGAAGCAGCAGCUGGAGGAACGUCUGGCUGACAUGAGCUCCAACCUCGCUGAAGAAGAGGAGAAGUCGAAGAAUCUCACAAAGCUGAAGGCUAAACACGAGUCCAUGAUUUCCGAGCUGGAAGUGCGUAUGAAGAAGGAAGAGAAAGGCCGUCAGGAUGUGGAGAAGGCGAAGCGUAAACUGGAGGCUGAGUAUAAUGACCUGCAGGACCAGCUGGCCGCUCUGCAGGCUGAGAUCGCAGAGCUGAAAGCACAACUGGCUGCCAAAGAGGAGGAAUUGCAGGCCCUGCUGGCUCGGCUGGAGCAGGAAUCUGCUCAGAAGAACAAUGCCCUGAAGAAGAUCCGGGAGAUGGAGGGGCUGAUUUCUGAGCUACAGGACGACCUUGAGGCCGAACGAGACGCCCGCGCGAAGACUGAAAAAGCCAAGCGUGACCUGGGAGAGGAGCUGGAGGCCCUGAAGUCGGAGCUGGAGGAUUCACUGGACACCACAGCAGCACAGCAGGAGCUCAGGGCUAAAAGAGAGCAGGAGGUGGCGACGCUGAAGAAGGCGAUGGAGGAUGAAGGCCGCAGUCACGAGGCCCAGGUGCAGGAGCUGAGGCAGAAACACACUCAGGCUGUGGAGGAGCUCGGUGAGCAGCUGGAGCAGUCCAAACGGGCUAAAGCCACUCUGGAGAAGGCUAAGCAGGCUCUGGAGAAAGAAGCCGCAGAUCUGAGCGCAGAGCUGCGCUCGGUGGCUAGUUCUAAGCAGGACGUUGAGCACAAGAAGAAGAAGGUGGAGUCUCAGCUGGCGGAUCUGCAGACUCGGUACAAUGAUGGAGAGAGGCAGAGGGCGGAGCUGGGAGACAGAGUCUCCAAGCUCACUUUGGAGCUGGACAGUGUGACGGCUCUCCUCAAUGAGGCAGAGGGGAAGAACAUAAAGCUGAGUAAAGACGUGUCCAGUCUCAACUCUCAGCUCCAUGACGCCCAGGAGCUGCUGGCUGAGGAGACGCGUCAGAAGCUCAACGUGUCGGCGCGUCUGCGGCAGGUUGAAGAGGAGCGUAACGGCCUGCUGGAGCAGCUGGAGGAGGAGAGCGAGGCCAAGAGGAACGUGGAGAGACACGUGUCCAGUCUCAACACACAGCUGACAGAUGCUAAGAAAAAACUGGACGAGUUUUCCAGCAGCAUAGAGCUGCUUGAGGAAAGCAAAAAGCGGCUGCAGAGGGAGCUGGAGUCGGUUAACUCUGAGUUUGAGGAGAAGGCUGCGGCCUACGACAAACUGGACAAGAGUAAAAACCGCCUGCAGCAGGAGCUGGAGGACAUUCUGAUGGACCUGGACAACCAGAGACAGUUGGUGUCCAACUUGGAGAAGAAGCAGAGGAAAUUCGACCAGUUGCUGGCUGAGGAGAAGACCAUCUCCAGUAAGUUUGCAGAGGAGCGGGACCGGGCGGAGGCCGAUGCGAGGGAGAAAGAGAGCAGGGGCCUGGCUUUGGCUCGAGCUCUGGAGGAGAUACAGCUUUCCCGCGAGGAGUUAGAGAGGGUUAAUAAAGCCCUACGCACUGAGAUGGAGGACCUCAUCAGCUCCAAGGACGAUGUGGGCAAGAACGUGCACGAGCUGGAGAAGGCGAAGCGCCUGCUAGAGGCUCACGUUCAGGAGAUGAGGACGCAGAUGGACGAGCUGGAGGACGAGCUGCAGGCGGCUGAGGAUGCUAAACUCCGCCUGGAGGUUAACAUGCAGGCGCUCAAGGCCCAGUUUGAGAGGGAGCUGCAAGGCAGGGAUGAGCAAGGGGAGGAGAAGAGGAGGCAGGUGGUCAAGCAGCUUCGUGAUAUGGAGGCAGAGCUGGAGGAUGAGCGGAAGCAGAGGAAUUCACUAGCAGCUGCCAGAAAGAAGCUGGAGGGUGAUGUGAAAGAUCUGGAAGAUCAGAUUGACGCUCUCAGCCGGAGCAGAGACGAGGCUGUUAAACAGCUGCGCAAGACUCAGACCCAGAUGAAAGACACUCAGAGGGAGCUGGAGGACGCUCGCAAUGCCCACAAGGAGGUGCUCUCCAAUGCCAGGGAAGCUGAGAGGAGGGCCAAAACCGUGGAGGCUGAUAUUAUACACCUGCAGGAGGAGCUGGCUGCGGCUGAAAGAGCUCGUAAGCAGGCUGAAACGGAGAGAGAUGAGCUGGCAGAGGAGCUAACCAACAGCCCUGGGAAAUCAAUAUCGUCUGAGGAGAAGCGGCGCCUGGAGGCCAGGAUAGCUCACCUGGAGGAGGAGCUGGAGGAGGAGCAGGGCAACAUAGAGUCCCUCAAUGAGCGUCUCAGGAGGAGCAUCCAGCAGGUGGAUCAGCUGACCGGUGAGCUACAGGCGGAGCGCGGUGUGGCCCAACGGAGCGAGAGCGUCCGGCAGCAGCUGGAGAGACAGAACAGGGAGCUGAAGACGAAGCUGCAGGAGGCCGAAGGACAGGCCAAGUCCAAGAUGAAGGCUUCUAUCUCCGCCCUGGAGGCCAAACUGCAUCAGCUGGAGGAGCAGCUGGAGCAGGAGAGCAGGGAGAGACAGGCUGCUGCCAAAAACCUGCGUCAAAAGGACAAGAAGCUGAAGGACUUGACCAUUCAGAUGGAAGACGAGCGCAAACAUGCUCAGCAGUACAAAGAUCAGGUGGAGAAGGCGAACACCCGCGUGAAGCAGCUGAAGCGUCAGGUGGAGGAGAGCGAGGAGGAGUCUCAGAGAGCCGCAGCCGCCCGCAGGAAGCUGCAGAGGGAGCUGGACGAGGCCUCAGAGGCCAACGACGCCCUGAGCCGAGAGGUGUCCUCUCUCAAGAGCAAACUCAGGCGGGGAAACGACGCGUCCUUCAGCCCCUCCCCCCGCCGGGCUGUGGGCGGGGCGCGCAGGAGCCUGGUGGUGAACUCGGUGGUUCCGGAGGGCGGCGGAGCUCCAACCUCGGCGCCGGAGCCCGAGGAGCCUCAGGCAGAACCAAUCAACGGCACCCAGGACGACCAGCAGUGACCACAAACCCUCGCAAACAGGGACUGGAAACAGGACAGGAGACGAAAACUAAUCCCGAUCCAAACAAAAUCACCUUUAACCCCCAGAGUUAAAACUAGUUUAACAUGCCGGUAAACAGACCGAAGCAGGUCGGAACGCCCAGCGCAACUCAACGAACAUUUGACAAAAUCAGUUUCGACUUGUGGGACAUUUUAAACGCUUUUAAACCAGGAUUAUCUUAACCAGUCAAGACUUCUUAUAUUCCCCCAGAUUAGCUUUCAGGAUAAAAGAUUCGAUCCGUUUUAUUUACUUAGAUUUAGCGUGAAAACGUCGACACGAUAAGCGCUUUUACUCCCGUGAACCACUUUCGAGUCCUUUAUCCACUGAGAGUGAACUAUAUAAUAAACGUCAUUAGCCGGUUAACUACAUUGAUAAGGUCCAGUUCUGGUCCGGUUGAUCAGUUUUUGAAGCCACUGCUCGUUUCCGGUCACCGUUUUGUUCCCUGUACUGUUUCUAAUCCCUGCUCACAGAAAGCUUCGGCUCUGCUUAGCAUUCGCAGCUGAACUGCUGAAAGCACUACGGACUCUAGUCCAGAUAAAAUCAGCACAGCUUCAUUCCCUCUUCACAAAGCCACGACAUCUCCUCCCGAGCUCCCCGCGCUCCUCUGCUUCAAACGGACGUGAAGCUUUAGCGAGAAAUAAUUCAGGUGUUAAUUUAUUGACCGUGAUUGUUAUUAUAAUGCAAAUGUUACAGAAUCUACUUGAGCACUUUUCACCAACCAGACUAAUAAAAUCUCAAACCUUCACGAGAAAAA